UGAAGUAUCCUUUGAACAAAAAGCAAAAAAAAAACAGAGGGUAAAAUCUUUCCUCUUUUCCUAACUAGAGUUGUAUUUCCUUGCAUGGCUCCCAACCCUCACAAGGAAAUUAAAUUUUAAAUCUUUCCCUCCCUUUCAGCACUUAGCCUUUGUGUAUACACCCAAAUAAAAGACCAUAAAUCUUUCCUUUUUAUUUUUAUUUUUUAUUAAUGGGCAAAUAAACUUAAAUCUACAAAGAUUACUUACCCUUACAGAUUUCAGUCUUCCUUGCAGCAAAUCUCUCUCUCAUAACUCAAGCAGAUUGCUUAUUUAACUAGUAGAUCUUGAAUAUCAUAUCCAUAUCCUGUCAUAUUAGAUGAAACAGAACCAUACAAUCAAAAUAUGACUAAUAUGACUUUUUAAGCGAUAACCUGUUAUUAAAAAAUUUAAAAAACAAUUACGCAGAGCUUUUAAAAAAAUUAAAAAGAAAAAAGGUACAGACCCCACCCCACUCCAGGGCAGUUGCUCUUUUUAUCAGUUUCUUCGGCGCGUUUUAUUGAAAUAGGAUGAAAGCAAAACUGAAAUCGUCCAAAACCCACCAUGGCCCUCAAACUUGGAAACGCAUUUCCUCCCCUCCCUUAUUUCGCAGAGCAAGAAUCCUCAUCUCCUUGCUGCAUAAAAAGGGAGGAAGAUUGAAGGAAAAAGAACUUGAGCAAUCAACAUUGGAACCCCCAGUCUGCUCAUCAAUCUGGUAGUUCAUGUCUUUGUGUGGCUUAUUUUCUCUUUGCCUGUGUUUAUUCCAGAAAAUUGGUAUAAAAUUAUGGUAUUAUUUUGUGUGCUUAUUUUCGUUUUUCUUUUUGUGAAUUUUCAGUAUUUGUAAGAUGUUGCAGUGUAUGAGAGAGUCAAGAAAAUUAUGGGGUUGAUGACUCGGUUGAGGAUGAGAGGGAUUUGGAUCAGAUCGUGGCCGACCGCAGAGCCGCAGAAAUCGAGCGUGAUACCCGCGACGGCGUACAACAACUCGCAAGCUCCCUCAUCUUCUCCAUGACCAAGGCCUUCAAAAAGGGCGAUGGCUGAUUUCAGGCCUCCAAGAAUCUACGACGAUAAUGAUGGAAUGCAGAGUUCACCGGGAACGGAUACUCCAGAGAGGAUGCCCCAAUGACUGACCAGACUGAAGAUGAUGGCUAUGAGGAUGAUGAUGACCAAGAAGCCGAGUUUGAGAUGUAUCGUGUUCAGGGAACACUCAGGGAGUGGGUUACUAGAGAUGAAGUGCAAAGAUUUAUAGCCAAGAAGUUCAAAGAAUUUCUGCUCACCUUUGUGAAUGACAUUGAAUAUGUGCGCCUCAUUAAUGAGAUGGUAUUAGCCAAUAAGUGUAGUCUGGAGAUUGAUUACAAGCAAUUCAUCGGUACUCAUCUCAAUAUUGCCAUUUGGUUGGCUGAUGCUUCCCAGUCUGUCCUGGAAGUCAUGGAAGAUGUUGCCAAGAAUGUGGUGUUUAGUUUACACCCCAAUUACAAACGUAUCCAUCAAAAGAUCUACGUUAGGAUAACCAACUUACCUGUUUACGAUCAGAUUAGCAACAUUCAAUAUUGUGGAGAUUUUUUUUUUUUUGCUACCAUCUUUCCUACCUUUUUCCUUUGAGGUGUAAAUGUCAUCCUGCUCUUAUGGUGCGCAGGCAGAUCCAUUUAAUGAUGUAGAACAGAUGACAGAUUUUAUCGUGAUUGAGCUAGAAAAAGGACGUAGUGGGAAUAUGCAGAUUUGUCGUCCAAGCUCCGAUUAGGACGCAAAAUACCAUUUCGGAAAGGGAACGACGCCACGAGUGUAACUCACAGCUUUGCUGUGACAUAAGAUGGAUUUUGGCAUUCUGAGGUCGUUUGGCCUUCCAAAACUGCAGUUAAAGUUUGGUAGUUAAUUUUCCAAUAAAUUCUGUUUUGGACAGUUUAGGAGUUACGUUAUUAAAACUCCAAAUUAAUCCUGUUUUUUCAGUUUUAUGUAAUAACUCCCUAGUAGUUGAAGGGUUGAGGGUUGUUGAGAAUUGUGUAUUUAG